UCAGACCUCCUCCUCACUUGCUGUCAGCAUUCAAGCUUGGAAACACAACUACUCUUUUGCUGCGUCAUCUUGUCCUUGCAUUUGUUCAUAGGAUUGGGGUUACAGACUUCACAUUUUCUCAUUCCCUUUCUUUCAAUCUGAGCUCGUUUUCUAGGACAUGGGAGAACAGAAUAAAACAUUAGCCCGUCCAAUAUUCCGCCGAGAUGUCAGCUGGGACCCUUUCCCAAACUGGACUCAGCCAAGUCGGAUCUUUGCGCAGGAUUUCGGGCUUCCUCCUUUCCUAGAGCCCAGUGAUCUGGACUGGCUUGACUGGGCGAAGAAGAGACUGGCAUCUUUCUCCUGGCCGGCGUAUGCACAAUCUCCUCUUCUGCCUCCGUUUACUGGUCUGCACCCUGGGGCACCGGACCAAAAGAAUCAAAAACAACUGACAAGCGGAGUGUCGGAGAUCCAAACAGGGCAGAACAGCUGGAAGAUCAACCUGGACGUCAAUCACUUCUCACCUGAUGAGAUCACAAUCAAAACCAAGGAUGGUUUCUUACAAAUAGCAGGAAAUCAUGAGGAGAGGCAGGAUGAACAUGGAUCGGUUGCAAGAUGCUUCACUCGUAAAUACAAGUUACCACAGGGGGUUGAUCUGCAGCACAUCAGUUCAUCACUGUCUGGAGACGGAGUGCUGUCCGUAGAGGCUCCUGUCCCAGGGACAUCCAUCAGCAGUCCGGGAAAUGAGAUUGUUGUACCAGUUCAGACGCAGGAAAGUGAGAAGGGACUCGAAUGAACAGAAACUACAGUAACUCAAGCUCUGUGUUGAAACACUUGUUAGACUUACAUAAAGAAAACAAAACAAAGAAAAUAGUUGGUUGAAUUCCUAAUUCAUCAACAUGAGUAGAGCAACACAGCACUUCAAAUGCUCAAGGACAGAUUUGUCAUCGCCAGACGUUUUUUCCUUUUGCCUUGAUGCCUGAUCCAGAGAAACAACCUAUAGUACUGGUUAGUUUUGUCAGUUUGAACUGAAACUGUGUACACUAUUGAAUACUAAAAAUCAUCCUUAUGACCUUGUCUUGAAAAUGUAUUAAACAGCUUCAGUCAUAUAAAUAAAUAAAUAAAACUGAAAUAAUGAUUUCUAGAAGUGUCUUUCAGUACACAUUUUUUCCACAGAUUGCAAGAUAAAAAGCCUACUUAUCUUUAAUUUGAGGGGAUCCUGUUAAGAUACAAGGCUCGUCAAAGUUUUAAACUAUACUAGCAAUAUCAAUUUCAAAAAUCAACAUUUAAGAGUUAAAGCAACCCUAGAUCAAUAAAUACAUCACAUGUACAGUUAAGUUGAGUUAAUACAGAAUAUGUGUUUGAAGAAAAAUGGCAAAAUUGCAAAAGGGGCAAAGAGCUAUCAUAAACAAUCAAUGCCAUGCACUACUGUCAAAAGACACAGAAGGAGGCGUGUCCGUGGCCUUUGCGUACAUAAAAGUUGAUUUGUACUUUAAUGUUAUAAGUAAUAAAAUUGGAAAAGAAGCCAUGAACACUCCAACUUCCAUAUCUAUUCACAACAGUAGUUGACUUGUAUGGGCUGUUGAAAUUACUUCACUUUGUCUAUGCACCAUAUUCACAUUGUCACUUAAACGAAAUAACAAAAUAGCAGUUGGUUUUUCGAGUAAACGGUCCAAAUCUAGUUGGUUUUGGUUUCAGGCGUUUUGGUUCCUAAUAAAAGCUGACACUCUUAACAGUCUAAUAAUAAUCAUGGGGUUGUUUUACCCCCAGAAUGUUC